AUGAUACGCUUGGGGUUUAUAAGGGCAUUCAACUCAGAUUCGUUUCAACUUGACAUCGUUGGUUUUCUGGCUAUUCUAGGAGAAGGUUCAUUGGAGCCGAUUGCACAAGUAGCGACGCUGAGCUAUCUGAUCUACCUGCCACGUCUCAUUCCUGCACCUCAGACAUUCCUGAAGACCCAGAGACCUGAGAAGCUCGAGACAACGUCUAAUGCAAAAGUUGUAGGAGUGCACUCUGGGAAUGCUAGCGAGGAUAUUCACCAUGUCGCCCAUGCUCUGCACAGGGGCGAUAAACUGGCGCCUAAUACGGUGCAAUGUGUGAGGGUGGACGAAGAUGAGACUUUGGAUAGACCCUCUAUCAAGAGAUAUGGCCCUCUAGCGAUCCUGGCACUGCUAGGCUUUGCUAUGAGUAUCACACUGUUUGCGUUGUCUCUAUACUACGACGAUGGCAUGGCGCUGUUGGCCACAUUGUCCCUAUCAUUCCUGAGCACCAAUACAGGCAUAGCGAACAAAUGGCAGCCAACACCCAACGACCCGAAACCUGACAAGCACUCACCUCCCGGAGACGUAAUCAUAAAAUAUCCUCAAGGUGCCUUCAUCGUGGUCAAAUGUAGCGAAAGAACCGCACGAUAUCUCUACUUCAACCCUUCGGAACGAUGCAUCUACUCCGUACGCAGUACGCCGAUAUAUCGUUUGCUUUCUCUCAUAUCUACACUCUUGCUCAUGGCUGGUGUGGUAUGCUUGGCCAACUCGAAAAUCGAACUCCAGACAGCGUUUGCCGGCUCUUAUAUGAUGAUCAAUAUCUUUUACUGGAUAGGAGCAGCCUUGCCUCCGCAAAGACACUGGGAUCUAUCACGGCUGAAACUGUCACAUGUAGACCUUAGAGGAGGAAUACAACCUCGGUCCGCAGAAGAGAAGGUCAAAACCCAGCCGCAGACGUAUACUGAGGCCUUGUGGAAGACGAUAGCAGUGACGGGGACGAAGUCGUGGUUGAUGUCGACUGAUUGGGCUCCUAGAACGGAGGCCUGGGCUGAGUGGCUGCGCGAGGCGGAGGAUGCCGCUUUAGCAGAACCCAUGGUCGUAUCGUGGAGAGAAGGACAAGAGGUUUGGAGGAUAAGGAAUUGGGAUAGUCGGCAGAUGCUGUCCAGUAUUCUGAGGACUAAAACAGGCAAUUUGAGGUCUGGGAAAAUGGAGGUAUAG